AUGUCUUUUGAAGCUUCAGCCCUUGUUGGUGAUCUUCACACCUGUCGCUCAGACCACGGUCUAGAAGACUGCUUCAGCCAGUUGUGCACUCUUGGCCCGGUAAAGUGCUGCGGACCCUCCCGGCCUCCGCCCGCCGCCCCGCCGCCCAAUCGGCCGGCCCGGAGGCGGGGCGGGGCGGCCGGGCCGCGGGCCUGCAGAGCCGCCGGGGACGCGGCCGGGCGCGCAGCCGGGGGCGCUCGGGAGGCGCUCGCGCGCUGCUUCCGCGGCAGCCCGCCCGCAGCAGCCCUCGCGCUCCGGGCGCCGGCCAUGGGGCCCUCCCGGGACGAGCCCGCCGCCGGGCCCGCGCCCGCCGACAGCCGCGCGCCCGGCCCCGAGGAGGCCGCCGCGGCGGACGCAGGGCCCCCCGCGCCUCCCGAGGGCGGCUGGGGCUGGCUGGUGAUGCUGGCGGCCAUGUGGUGCAACGGCUCGGUGUUCGGCAUCCAGAACGCCUGCGGGGUGCUCUUCGUGUCCAUGCUCAAGACCUUCGGGGCCGCGGACGAGGACGGGCUGGCCUUCAAGACAGCGUGGGUGAACUCUCUGUCCAUGGGGAUGAUCUUCUUCUGCAGCCCAAUCGUCAGCAUCUUCACAGACAUAUAUGGUUGUCGGAAAACAGCUGUCGUGGGCGCUGCGGUGGGAUUCACCGGGCUUCUGUCUAGUUCUUUUGUAAGCUCCAUCGAGCCCCUGUACCUCACCUACGGAGUCAUCUUCGCCUGCGGCUGCUCCUUCGCCUACCAGCCCUCCCUGGUGGUCCUGGGACAGUACUUCAAGAAGCGCCUCGGGCUGGUGAACGGCGUGGUCACCGCCGGGAGCAGCGCCUUCACGGUGCUGCUGCCCUUCCUGCUGAGGGUGCUCACGGACCGCGUGGACCUCUCCCACACGCUGAGGGUCCUGUGCGUGUUCAUGCUCGUCCUCUUCCUGGCCGGCUUCACCUACCGGCCUCUCGCCCCCAGCGACGGGCAGAGUGCAGCCCCGGGAGGCGACAGGGGCAAGUUCGGUCCUCCGAGAAGGCUUUUCAACACUGCCGUCUUCAAGGUGACCGCCUACUCCGUGUGGGCCGCCGGUGUGCCGCUUGCCCUGUUCGGCUACUUCGUCCCAUAUGUCCACCUGAUGAAAUAUGUGAAUGAACGAUUUCAAGAUGAAGAGAACAAAGAGGUGGUUCUCAUGUGCAUCGGGGUCACCUCAGGAGUCGGACGGCUGCUGUUCGGCCGCCUGGCGGACUGUGUGCCUGGCGCGAAGAAGGUUUAUCUACAGGUGCUGUCCUUCCUCUUCAUCGGGCUCAUGUCUGCAGCGACCCCACUGUGCACCGCCUUCGGGGCGCUCCUGGCUGUCUGCCUCGUCAUGGGCCUCUUUGACGGCUGCUUCAUCUCCAUCAUGGCGCCCAUUGCAUUUGAGCUGGUGGGCGCCCAGGACGUCUCCCAGGCCAUCGGGUUCCUGCUCGGGCUCAUGUCGGUGCCCAUGACUGUGGGCCCACCCAUCGCAGGGUUGCUCCGUGACAAGCUGGGCUCCUAUGACUUGGCUUUCUACCUCGCCGGGAUCCCUCCCCUCGUCGGGGGCGCCAUCCUCUGUUUCAUCCCGUGGGUCCAUAGUAAGAAGCAGAGAGCGGGCAGUGACCCUGCGGCAGGAGGACAGAUGGACAGAAUGGACCACCAGAGCGCUCUGCUGGCAGGCUCCGCGGGAAUCCUCAGGAAAGAGUCCGACUCUGUUAUUUGAUGUCUCCUGCGCCUCCACCGGACUGGGCUUGCUUUCAGAACUUUAAGCAAGUCGUCCUUUUAUAUGAAUUGCAAAUUAAUUUUUUAAAUCACAUCCCAAAAGUAGCACAAUCAUUGGGAAAUAGAAUCUUGCUACUGUAGAACCAUUUUCUGCUGCUGAAUAGCUAUCCGAUGCUCCCACCAGUCUGAGGGCAGAGACCCUGGUAGACGAAAACAUGUUUGGUGAGGAUUUGAAGCUAUCUCAGUGAAAAGCAACUUUGGAAACUGAAUGCUCUUUAGUUUGUACAAAUAUUUAAAAAUACCUCAAGCUAGAUUGAAAGGGCUGCAUUUGAUUAGGACUGGAAAAAGGUUGUCGCUUCACAUGGUGUUUUUAGCUCUGGGGUCUGUUUUAAGUUCUUCUGCUAUUUGGAAACUUUCUACAAAACUUAAGCCUGGAUUCUAGGUAAUGUCAGCUCUACCUAAUCUCAAGUCUGUUGAAGUCGCUUACCUGCUGUGAAACAAGCUGUGCAAUUCACUUCCUCUGACUUGCCCCAGUGUCCGGAGGCCUUCCUAGGGCAGAGCCCAGAGUGUGCCAGGAACCGGCGUGAGACCAGAAGGGUCCCAUUCGCAGGGUGGGGUGGUCCCCAAAUCAGGCCUUUCUUCCAUUUACGUCUGUUCUUCUUGGGUUCACACUGUUUGACUCAAGUAGCCAGAAACACCCCCAAAUUUCUGAAUUUGUUUGAACAACAAAGUAAAACAGAAUGAAAGCUAUUCUGGCAAAUUUAAUGUAGAAUUUUUCUGAGUUGACUUGUUAGCACUAGAACUUGAUAUUUUAAGUCUUCCUGAGCAUGUUCCCAAGUUGCAGUUUGAGGCACAAAUGGGGAAAAAAGAAUCUUUGUAUUUGUGAAGAUAAUAUCUAUUUCUGACAGAAGCAGUUGCUCAAAUUGGUUUAUAAAAUUAAUGUGUCUCGAAAGGUUAAAGCACUUAGGAAGAGAAACAACUCACACAUUUCAAAAGCUUCCUAGCAAAAAAUUGCUAGGCCACCUCCUUCAGCUUUCAAAGCCCAAAGAAAAGCCCCGUGUGAGCAAUUACUGCUUCAUCGGAAGGGAGCUAAUGGUUGCCCGGAUUAAAAGGCACGGGGCACAAUAUGAAGGGGUCAAAAUACCAGUAAAAGCUCUUCAGUGAUUUGUUCUGAUAAAUGGAUAUAAAAGGAACAAAAAAGGAAUAUUAAUUUAUGUGGCAUGGGAAUAAUCUGAAAAAUGAAAAACUGAAGUAAUGUAUAAUCCACGUGUAAUAAUGACAGUCAUUAAACCGCUCUGCCGGUGGCUUUUCAAAAACACACCAGCAACUUGACAAUGACUGCUUUCCUCUGUGUUUUCUUUGGCAGGAGAACAGACAGUCACCGACAAUAGAGUGCAUGCUUGCGCCUUACCCGUCCAGCUCACACAUUAAACUCCCAUACGGGGCACCCCUUUCCGGGUGGAACGGGUUCUGGGCAACGCAUUUUUGUCUUAUUGGUGCCAUGUCAAGUGGGUGGCAGUGUAGGUAGUUAACCCACAAGUUCCCAGGCAGAGGCGGUUGCCGGCCUCUCCGGGUUGCACUGUACUUUGGAGUUGAAUGUCACUGAGCAUGCGUGUGAUCACAGCUGUCAGUAUAAACAACACUGAGAAAUCAAAUUAGAUCCGUGGUACUAUUUUGGAGCCUCUCAGGUAGGACUUUUACCAGAUAAUACUUUUCAAUAUCUGUUUGUUAGAAGAGUUGUUUUUGUUGAAUAUUUUAAAUGUGGGUAACCACGUAAACAUUGUCUCCUGUGAUCUUCCCUAAAUAGUCUUCUGUAUCACGUUCCAACGUACUAGAAAGUAGCGGGUCAAAGUCUUCCAUGAUUCAGGGUGUGCUGGGGCGGUGUUUCAGGGCAAGCGUCUGUCAUCAGCAGUGCUGCACUACGAGCACACUGCAUAUCUGGUGCCUUUUUCUCCCCUACCAAAGAAAGGUUAGAUCAAAAUUGGUGCUGAAUUUCAUGUUCCUUGCAAAAUUAUUUUUUAUUUUUGAAUACGAAUAUAACCCAAUAGGAGAUGUUUAGCUAUAGCAGUACUAUGCUUGUUGUAUUUCAUAUAUAUCUCUCAGGAAAAAUACCUCACCUAUAAAGUAAUUACUGAGUUCAAAUAUCUACUUAGAGGUAUGUAAUUCUGUUAAUAGGUAAGCCUUUAAAGUAUGAAACUCACAAAAAAUGAUUACCCAAUGAAAACUUAGUCAUACUGAGUUUAGCUCCAGUAGGUAACAACUUUAAAAGUUCCAUACAAUGUUACAUGUCACUUAUAAGUAAAGAUAAAGAAAAAGUUCCUUGUUAAUGCUUCUAGCUUGAAGUUAGCUAUUCAAAGGGUUCUGUAACUCUGAGGGUAUGUGAAAAAUGUGUUACAUAUAUUUUACUAUAUACAGUAUAUAGCUUCCUACUGUUUAAGUAGACAUUUUAAGCUAUAUUUCAGGCUAAAAUCAGUUUUGGGAGUCAUCAAUCUUAAAUUUGGAUAAUGAGCUACAUUAAAAAAGAAUUCUCACUGUAAGUAUUACUGUCCAUCUUUCAGAUUUAACACAAAGAUUUAAAUCAGUAAGGUCGAUGUCUGGGUCAGUGUCACCAAAUCUCAGACCUAUAAUUGAUUAAGGGCCGUCAGCAUGGUGGUGGACGCUCACUGUAUGACACCUGAAAGUCCCUGUGGACUUGAGCCCUGAUGUCCUGGAAGCAGGAUUCGGACAAAGUGGGGACCUGAGGUGGGACCAGCAGGUUUAUUCAAUCCUGCUAUCUUUAUAGACUUCACCGUAACUCUAUUUUAUAAGGGUGUUAUACAAACAAGUUAAGAAAAUGAUACACAGUAUCAUUUUCCUAAUUAGGUCAUAUCAUAUGUUUAGAAUAGAAUACACUGGAUUCUGUUAACUGGUAACUCCUUUCCACUGUUACUGUGAGUCAUGUACGGGAGGGAGGAUGGAGGUUCGCUAAUCAGAAGUCGCAGCAGAGUGAGAUCAAAUAUUCCCUACCUUCUAAUAUAACAGUAGCUUGUGAAGUGUGAAAUCAUCAAGGCAUCGCACAGGCUUGGUUAGUUUGUAUCUUGUCAGUCUGAUCUCCUGUCAGGUUAUUUUAGCCUGGAAGUCACAGCUACCACACACCAAACCCUGCAGUAUUAUUAAGAGAGAGCGUGGAUAUUUUAAGUAUCUCCUAGUAUAAUAUGGCAUUUUUCAUGUCAACUUAUUUUAAUGUUGAUUGGAAAAGUUAUUUUUAAAUUAUUUUGUGUAUUUUCAGUUAGAAAUGCACACUUUACCUUAAACACCAAAAAAACACACAAAUUCUUCUGGGGCGUGCCGUGCACCCGGUGAGGCUCUGUUUCUCCGCCUACACAGGGUGCUCUGUGGCACAAUAUCAGUUUACAUGUAGUUCACUGUGCGAAAUAAUUGGGCUGGGUUCGCUCAGUAUGCAGCAUUUUAUGCUUGCCUUAAAAAUGAUGUUUCUCUUUAAAGAGUAUGAUUUAUAAUUGAUUUUUUAUAAUGUGAAAAAUAGAUAACCAAAACCUUUUUAAUGAAAAAAGCUUUGUAAUCAUAUGAAGAAUAUGAUCAUUUUUCUGUGGAACAAUGUGAUAGUCUCAGUAAAUAUAAUUUUAAAAUUUUAAUAAAUUUCUGGAAGCCCU